CUGCGCCGCGGACGGGGCCGGAAGGCUGCGGGAGGCGGCGGCGGUGCCGGGCGGGGCGGGGGUCGCGCCGCGGGCCGGGGCAGCAGCAAGAUGCUGCCAACUACGUUGGUUAAUUCUGGGAGCCAGGGUAAUGGUGUGCUGAGCCCCAGAGAUGCUGCGAGGCACACGGCCGGAGCAAAACGCUACAAAUACCUCCGAAGGCUCUUCCACUUCCGACAGAUGGACUUUGAGUUUGCGCUUUGGCAGAUGCUUUACCUGUUCACUUCACCACAGAGGGUUUACAGGAACUUUCACUACAGGAAACAGACAAAGGACCAGUGGGCGAGAGAUGAUCCUGCUUUCCUAGUGCUGCUCAGUAUCUGGCUCUGCGUGUCUACUGUAGGAUUUGGAUUUGUGUUGGACAUGGGUUUUUUUGAAACAAUAAAACUGCUACUUUGGGUUGUAUUCAUAGACUGCGUAGGCGUUGGGCUCCUGAUUGCAACUCUGAUGUGGUUCAUUUCAAAUAAGUACUUAGUGAAGCAGCAGAACAGAGAUUAUGAUGUGGAGUGGGGAUAUGCCUUUGAUGUACAUCUGAAUGCUUUCUACCCUCUUCUAGUCAUCCUGCAUUUUAUCCAGCUGUUCUUCAUCAACUAUGUCAUCAUAUCUGAUUCUGUCAUUGGGUAUUUUGUUGGGAACACAUUAUGGCUGAUUGCAAUUGGCUAUUACAUCUAUGUGACAUUCCUAGGAUACAGCGCAUUGCCCUUUUUGAAGAACACAGCUAUUCUUUUGUAUCCAUUUGCACUUCUCAUCAUGCUCUAUUUGAUCUCAUUAGCAUGUGGAUGGAACUUCACCAAGAUGCUUUGUUCCUUUUAUAAAUACAGAGUGAAAUAAAACCAGGACUUCAUGUA